UGUGUAAACAACUGAACAUAGAAAUAUGGUAGCGUCCACAAAAAGACAAAGUUGUGUGUUUAGUAGUAUUGAAGUGCAAUUUGUGUACUUGUGAGAGAUAGUCUUUUAAUAAAAUACCAUUACAGUUACAGCACAAUGUUUAUUAGGUUAUUAAAAAUGAUUCGCGCAAAGCACAUGACAAUUUCACUAGGAAAACUCAAUUCGUCUGAUUAUGCAAGGGUGAUGUCAUGUAGAUUGUGCUAUAAUUAUAAACAUAGACCUUUGCCAAUUGUGUACUCAGCACUUCGUUGCUUUGGUUCGCUAGUAGGUAGCCGUCAUUCGACUCCUGUACCAACUGCGUGUACUCAACAGAAACCUUCACGCCCACUGUCUCAGCACCAACGAAGUCAACUUCGCCUUGAGAUUAAGGCAUUGGGAAAGUUACUGCUUCGCUCUUCUCUUGGAAGCCACCAUAUUCUAUCCCGUAGUUUCUCGACUUCAAAUCAAAAUCACCAGAAGAAUGACAAGGAUGAUAAGCAGAAUGGAGACAAAGACAAAGGUCAAGUCUUGUUGAAACUGGGCAUGUGGAUGUUUGUAAUGUACAUCACAAUGAGCGUCGUCUCUCUGCUAAUGCCACACACUGACAACCCCGAUGUUAUGCGCUACAUAUCUUGGAAUGAGUUCCUCUAUCACAUGCUUGCCAAGGGCGAAGUGGAACAGGUUGUGGUGCGGCCAGAGCUCGAUCUAGUCAUUAUCGUGCUGCACGAUGGCGCUGUAGUCAAAGGGCGCAGGAUGGAACACAAAACUUUUCACAUGAAUGUUGUUGACACUGAGAGGUUUGAGGAGAAACUGCGCAGAGCUGAAGCUACGCUGGGCAUCUCCACUGGACAAGGUGUGCCGAUCCGCUAUGACAGGAACCAGGAAGGCCAGUGGUUGCUGCUAAUGGCAAUGGUUGGUCUAGCCAUCAUGAUUGUAAUGAUGUUUAGAACAGGGCAAAUAAAGGCACCUAAAGGCAUGGACUGGUUCUCACAGCUGGGCAAAGCUAAGUUCACGAUGAUUGAUCCACUAAUGGGAGGUGGGAAGGGAGUCAAGUUCAAGGACAUAGCAGGCAUGAAAGAAGCCAAGCAGGAAGUGCUUGAAUUUGUCGACUAUCUGAAGAGACCGCAGAUAUUUAAGGAGCUCGGUGCGAAGCCACCUCAUGGAGCGCUGCUCCUCGGACCUCCCGGAUGCGGCAAGACUCUCCUUGCCAAGGCAGUUGCCACCGAGGGAAACACUCCCUUCCUUGCCAUGGCUGGGUCGGAAUUUGUGGAGAUGAUUGGUGGUUUAGGUGCAGCGAGGGUCAGGGAUCUUUUCAAGGAAGCUCGCAAGAGGGCGCCCUGCAUUGUUUACAUUGACGAGAUCGAUGCAAUUGGUCGGAAGAGGUCAACGGGCGGAGAAGGUAUGAGUGGAGAGGAGGAACAGACAUUGAACCAACUCCUGGUGGAGAUGGAUGGCAUGGCAACUAAGGAAGGUGUUGUGGUGUUGGCAUCCACCAACCGGUCAGAAGUACUGGACAAUGCGCUUAUGCGGCCUGGUCGAUUUGACCGUCAUAUCCUCAUCGAUCUACCAACCCUAGAGGAGCGACGUGAGAUGUUUGAACUUCACCUGAAAGGCAUAACCUUGAAGGACCUACCUGCCAAGUACUCUCCACGUCUAUCUCAGCUGACUCCCGGGUUCUCAGGCGCAGACAUUGCUAAUAUCUGCAAUGAAGCAGCCAUCCAUGCGGUACGCCACGGGGAGAAAUGGGUGUCUGAAACCGACUUUGAGUACGCGGUGGAGAAGGUGGUUGCUGGCACAGUGAAGAAGAGCACAAUACUGAGUGAAGCAGAGAAGGAGAUCAUCGCGUACCACGAGUCUGGCCACGCUCUGGUUGGAUGGAUGCUGGAGCACACAGAUGCCCUUCUGAAGGUGUCAAUAGUUCCACGCACGCGCGGUGCUCUGGGCUUUGCACAGUACAUGCCACGUGAUCAGAAGCUGUACACGAAGGAGGAGCUGUUCCAGCGCAUGUGCAUGGCACUCGGAGGUCGGGUGGCUGAGAGCGUUGUCUUCAACCGCAUCACUACAGGUGCGAGCGACGACCUCGGCAAGGUGACAAAGAUUGCGUAUGCACAGAUCCAGCAGUUUGGCAUGAGCGAGCGCGUCGGACUGCUCUCGUUCCCGGCCGAGGACACUAACUCUGCCGUCGGCAAGAAGCCGUUUAGCAAGCAGCUGUCAAACAUCAUCGACCAUGAAGCCCACGCGAUCGUCGCACGCGCAUUCCUACACACCGAAGCCAUCAUCCGAGCAAACAGGCACAAGCUGCAGUUGAUUGCAGACUCGCUAAUGAAACGUGAGGUAAUUAAUUAUGAUGACAUGGUCGACCUGAUCGGACCGCCACCUUUUGGCCACAAGAGAAAAAUUAUGGAUCCAUUGACGAUGGCACCAUCAGAGGAACCAGUCACGAUGGGGCCAUUGCCAAAUAAGCCAGCUGACGACAACAAUGGGAAAAUCUGAUGAGGUUAAUGCUACAAAAUGAUGAGAUCGAGGAAGACUGGUGUGUGUGCUCAGUCUUCUCGUUUUAGAAUUUCAAUUUCCAUGUGGAAUAAUAAAAGAGUUGUAGACAACGAGUUAUAGACAACACGUGUAAUUGUGAUGGUCUGCAAUGUAUAACAAUUUCUUGCUUGCUGCUAUAGAAGAGUAAUAGAUUUUCUGCAUCCAAAUGUGUGUAUUAUAUGAAUACAAAUUGUAAAUAUUAAUAAACUGUUACAUAUGUAGUGUAUUUUUAUCAUCAUGGUAGUAUUCAAGUCGCAGUGUGCCUUGCUAUGCAACAGCGUGUUUUUCUAUGUACCAAAUCUUCAUUUUGGAGAAUAUGUAUGAAUGGCUCUGUGCAGAGACUUGGCCACAUCACUGCAAAGCAUACUAUUGUGAUCUAAUUUCAAAAUGCAAAUCUAUAUUACUCAUUAAAUUUUGUUAGACAAUAUGAAGAAUGGUUCUGCAUUUUAUCUAAUGUUGUUGCUAGCAUAUUCACUACACUAUUAUCACGUCACAUCCGUUUUAUCAGGAGUAGAUAUAUGAGAUCACUUAAACCUGCUUCCAAUAUCAUUGAGAAUACUUGUCAGAUAAACUCAAGUGACAUUUAGCGAAUUAUGUUAGAAAAAUUGUUUAUAAGUAACGCGCAAUUUAUUACAGACCAUUCACAAUAUUUUGUCAUGUGUAAAAUGGCAAUAGGUUGUGUGAGGUUGCCAAUAUGGUUUUUAUUCAACAAUCUUACAACCGUGCCUCUAUUCA